UGCCGACGCUGCAGGAGUGCCAGAAGGUGUGGAAGCAGAAUUUCACCGACUGGGCUGCUGGGUCGGACUGCAACAACGCAUCGCACCUCACGUGCGACGACAACGGCAUGGUCACGUCCAUGAGAUUUCCGGAAGGAUACUUCCUUGGCGGCCCUCUGCCAGCCUCCAUUGGGAGACUCGUUCAAAUCAACGACCUCUUUCUCACUGGUGCGAACCUCACAGGCACCAUUCCCACCACCAUAGGCCUGCUUGCGCGCCUUAAGUCCCUCCAGCUGAACGACAACAAUUUUACAGGAUCCAUACCACCCACCAUAACCCGCAUCACUGGCCUAAUAUACCUAGACCUAUCCAAGAACCAUCUAACAGGAGGCAUCCCCCGGCAAAUAGGCCAGCUAUCGCUUCUCAUUUCUUUAAAGCUCGAGAUGAAUAAUUUAACAGGAGGCAUCCCCACCUCCACUGUCAGCCUUGCGAGCCUAGAAGAGCUUAAACUGUCAGGAAACCAGCUAAGGGGUGCCAUUCCAUGGACUAUCGGGAACCUCAACGCCCUCACUCUACUAGAACUUGCGAAGAACAACCUGACGGGCAGUAUUCCUUUGAGCGUGUCCAGCCUCGAGAACCUCGAGAGCCUAUCGCUGCAGGGCAACCAGCUGAUAGGCCCUAUCCCUGCGGGCAUUGGCCAGCUGCAUAAUCUCCAGCGCCUGAACGUGUCCUUAAACAGGCUUACAGGCGGGUUGCCUCGCACCCUUGGCUUGCUCACGGAUCUCACAGGACUCUAUGUAUUCAGCAACAGCAUUGGGGGUGGUAUCCCUCCCGCGUUGGGGUCUCUCACCUCUCUCAUUACUCUGGACGCACACAGCAACAAUCUCACAGGACCAAUCCCUGCCAGCCUGGGGGACAUUGGAGCCCUCGUCGCUCUAGAUCUUCACGGCAACAGUCUGACAGGAGGCAUUCCGGCAACCAUCACAAAGCUCAGAUUCUUGGAAUCCCUGGACCUGAGCUUCAACAAGCUGGUGGGCCCCAUUCCGCCCAACAUCAGCGACUCUCUCACUAGUCUAGUGGUGGCGGUCAACAAGCUCUCAAGCAGUGUGCCGGACUCCCUCAGCCUGCUCAAAAGUCUCAACACCAUAGACAUCUCGAGGAACAGCAUCACGGGGAUUCUCCCCCCUGGCCUGGGCGCUCUCACCGCCCUCAACAACCUCACGUACGACUUGGCGCUGAUCAAGUGUCCCAGCUACCCACAGAACGACUGUGCCACGCAGCAGAACCCUCUCAGCACCUUCUGCAAGCAGUGCGGUGGCUUCUGCUCCGGCUGCCUCUCCAAACACCCUCCCCCACCUACCUACCCUCCACCUCCACCAAUUGCACCCCCUCCUCCGCCUCCCCCUUCCCUCUCUCCUCCCCCUCCACCUCUCCCUCCCUCUCCCCCCCCUCCCUCUCCGUCUCCUCCCCCCGCGCCCCCUCCGCCCUCGCCACCCCCACCUCCUGUGCCUGAGGCGGCUGCGGGGUUGUCAGCAGGAGCGGUGGUGGGGAUAUCGGUGGCAGCAGCGGUGGCCGUGCUGGGCUGUGGCUGCUUGGGCUUUGUUCUCAUCGCCCUCUUUAGGACCAAGAAGUCACGAGGAGCAUCAACGAUGCGCACGCCCAGCAGUGCGGUGCCGCAGGUGUGUCUGCAGUACUCCCUGGAAGAAGUCACUCGAGCCACGUCUGACUGGGCAGCGGCCAACAAGAUCGGCAGCGGGGGCUUUGGGGACGUGUACCGCGGCGUCGACCCGUACAACCCGGCCAUUCCCUGGGCUGUCAAGCGCGCCCGCGUGCUCACUAACGACUUCCGACGAGAGGUAAACGAGAUGGCAACAAAGCACCACCCGAACCUGGUGCGGCUGCUGGGGUUCUGCAUAGACGGCGAUGCGGCAUCGGAGAACAUAGAGCAGAUCGUCAUCUACGAGUUCAUGGUCAAUGGGGACCUCUCCAAGAGGCUCAAUGCUGAGGACCCGUUGACGUUGAAGCAGCGGUUGGAGAUUCUCAUCGGAGUGGCGCGCGGGUUGGAGUAUCUCCACAGCUUUGGCAUCGUGCAUCGUGACAUCAAGCCCGCCAAUAUCCUGCUGGAUAGCAACAUGCAGUCGAAGAUAGCAGACUUUGGGCUGGUGAGGAUGGGCGAGGGUACGCAGCUGCACUCCACGCGAGUGCUGGGCACACCGGGCUAUGUGGACCCUGCAUACUCUCAGUCUCAGAAGGCCCCCACCACCGCUGACGUGCACAGUUUCGGCGUGCUGGCCCUGGAGCUGUUAACCAACCGGCACGCAGUGUUCAUGCUGGAGGGUGGGCAGCAGGUGAACGUCAAAGAGUGGACGGCCAAGAAGCUCGCAAGCAGCCGCAUCGCAGACAUCUGCGACCCGCGCAUCGCAGCCCCCGACGCCCUCGUGCGGCGCCUCGCAGAGCUCGCCAUCUCCUGCACCACCAUGCCCACCGCCUCCCGUCCCACCAUGGGCAAGGUUGCGAGCGAGCUCGAGGCGCUCAAGGACGAGUUUGUCGGGCAGGAGGUGAACCGGGCGGCGCGAAAUAUCGACGAGCAGAUUCACUCGGCGUCGCAGCUGCACCGGCCUCUGGAUGAGGAGUUGGAUAGGAUUUCUAAUAUGACUCCGAGUAGCGGGCCGGGGAGCACGAUGCGGGAAGGGAGUGGGAUCGUGCCGGUUAGUGGCAGCACGCAUGACGAGGAGCCGCUGACGGCGAAUGUCUCGCAUGCUGCUGGGUGA